AUGGAUCAGAACGAGCUAGAGACUUUUCAGGUGCAGUUGUCACAGGUUGAGCUCGCUCUCAAGGACGACCCUGAGAACACGGAGCUGAAGGACCUCGCUUCGGAACUGAAGCAGAUCAUAGACCUCACUCAGUCUGCCAUUUCCCAGUCACAAGCUCAGAAUAAGCCAGAAACUAGUCGUAAGACGACCCAGACAGCCGUCGCGGGUGCAAAUGGGAAAACUUGGACGGCUGGGGAUGAGUGCCUCGCAAAGUACUCUGGAGACGGCCACUGGUAUCCCGCACGAAUCACCCACGUGGGUGGCGCAGCAGACAACCGCGUAUUCAGCAUUGUAUUCAAAGGCUACAACACUACUGAGCUUGUGAAAGCUAAUGAGCUUAAGCCUCCCACUGCGACUCAUCUCUCCGGACCUGGACCGUAUGGCGGAGCAUCGGGCGGCGCCGCGGGCAAGCGAAAGCUGACGAAAGAGGACGAGGACGAGCGUGAGCGCAAGAAGAAGAAGAACGAGAAGAAGCUUGAACUCCGCGCUGCGAAAGCAAAGGAACAGAAUGAAAAGAAGGCCAGUUGGCAGAAGUUUGCAAAGAAGUCUGAAAGGAAGGGCAUCCACAUUGCUGGUGUCGCGGGUACGAGCAUCUUCAAGACGCCGGACAACCCGCAUGGAAAGGUUGGUGUGACGGGCAGUGGGAAGGGCAUGACUGAGAACCAAUCAAGACCAAAGAACAAAUUCGUGGCUGCAUUAGACGUUAACUGCGAAGGAAUCGAGCAAAUUUGCACCCGUCAACCACACGAGCUGCCAACAGCCGCGGGGCCUCCCUUGUACUGUAGAUUCAAUCAGUUGCUGUUCAUUCUGUACCGUAAAGUGAGAUCAGGCAAGACUCCCGCCAAUGUCCAGAUUCAUUCCAGUGGUAAAGGUCUUGUUCCAUUGAAACCCCCCAAGUUGGCAAUAGUGUUGAUGGCCGAACCUGUAGUGCUGUCAAACAGACACCGGAGGGAUCCUUUGGAUUUCAGUGUCGUGCGUAUUUCGUCCCAAUGUGGUGUACACGCUGGUCUUCGAGUGCACAGGGUAGUUGUACGAUCUGCCAAUCAUUUGUUCAUCGUUAGCCUCUUUGAUACCCACACGACAUAUAUUUUGUGGAGAUGUUUCUUUUUCGAACUGGUUAUCCUUAUUGGCUUAAAAUCUGGGGUAACGCCUCGUUCGAUCAUGAGAGGUCUUCUGACUGACAGGGGUUCGCUGUUUCGAAGUGUGCAACAUGCCGUUAUCCCGCCCAUCGUUCGGUACGGCUUCGUAGCAAUCAAUGUCUCGACCUUCUUCGGGCGCCUGGACGAUGUGCAAUGGCCUUUGCCCUGA